ACUUCCGAAGAGAGAGAACCGCCAUGAAGAGAGAAGGGGGUGCCGCCCACCUCUGCUCUGACAACCUACGCGAAUCCCAACAGCAAGACGGCAACCACGCAGCCAACUUCUCCAGCCACAGCUCAUGCCGCCGUCGCCAGCGGCGCCGACAUGACACGGCGCUGCAUGCCCGCUAGGCCAGGUUUCCCCUCCUCCCCAGCCCCGGGGUCGUCGCCCCCGCGCUGCCAUCUGAGACCCGGCAGCGCCACCCCGGCUUCAGCGGGAAAGAGAACAGAGAGUCCUGGGGACAGGAAGCAGUCAAUUAUAGAUUUCUUCAAACCAGUUCCAAAACAAGACAGCCACAUGUUGGAUUCUCCACAAAAAUCAAACUUCAAAUAUGGAGGAAGUGAAUUGCCCAUCACAGGAACCGAACCGUUUGGAAGAAAACAAUCCCCGCCAAAAAAAUCUAAACCCAAAAGAGUGCCAUCGGAAGGGAGCUCUGUUUUUGAGGCUUUCAUAAAAGAGGUUAAGGAGCACCAUAAAGAUCGUGGUGUGCAUGAGUCCCAUCGACCUUGUAUGUCACCAGCCACCAAAUAUCCAAAGACAGUUACUAAAGUCUUUGUUCCUUCCUACCGCCUGUCAAAAGAAAUGAAGUCACUAAAGAAAAAACAUCAAUCUCCAGAGAGAAGGAAGUCACUGUUCACUCAUGAAAGUAGCAGGGAGAAGAAUGAUAGAGAUAGAGGCAAGACCAAUGCAGACUCCAAAAAACAUGACACAGUGACAGACGAUGACAUACUCAAGAACAACUCCAGAAGUCUAAGCAGCAGGAGCAGCCUGUCGAGGCAUCAUCCAGGAGAAAGCCCACUGGGAGCUAAGUUCCAGUUGUCACUAGCUUCUUACUGCAGAGAAAGAGAACUAAAGAAAUUGAGAAAAGAGCAAAUGGAGCAGAGAACCAACUCAGAAAAUUCUUUCUCAGAAGCAAGCACUCUCUCCUUAAAAUCUUCUAGUGCAGAAAGAAAACAUAAACCAGCACAUGAACAAAGUAGACAGAAUGAUGUCAUAUCUGGAAAGAGUAAUCUUUCAAACCUGGAGAAUGGACAUCUCUCAAGAAAAAGAACAUCUUCUGAUUCAUGGGAAUCUGUUUCAGCAGGCUCUAAGCAGAAUAAAUUUCCUGACAAAAGAAAAAGGAACUCCUUGGACUCAGAUAUGAAAAGCACAAGAGAAUCUUUAAUGCCAAAAGCAAAGGAGCCCUUCCUUGAGAAACGUUCUGACAGACCCCAUCAGAAGGAGAAAUUUAUAAAACAUAUUGCACUGAAGAUACCUGGUGAUGUAUUGCGCUUGGAAGAUAUAGCCAAGGAACCAAAUGAAGCUGACCGCUCCUCUACAGGCUUGGCACCUUCAAAUUCUGGCCACCAUUCUUCUAGGAAUAGUGAUCAAAUCCAUGUGGAAAGUACCAAAGAGACUAAGAUACAGAAGUCCCACUUACCUUUACCUCAGGAAAAGUCUGCAGUUAAGAAAGCUAGCAGCCUUCAGAAAAAUAAAACUGCUAGCUCUGUGGCAUCCAAGGACACAAAACUUCUACCUUUACUUUCCCACGUUCCAAGUGCUGGUUCCUCUCGGGUACCGAUGAAUGCUAAAAAUUGCACUCUUCCAGUUCCUAAAAAAGAUAAGGAGCGGUCCUCAUCUAAAGAGUGUUCUGGGCAUUCUUCAGAAUCCUCUAAACACAAGGAACACAAAACAAAGACUAAUAAAGCUGAUUCUGGUGUGUCUUCAGGGAAAAUUUCAGGGGGAUCAUUGCAUUCAGAAUGUGGCAGUUCUACAAUAUCUCCCCCUGCUGCUUUGGAAGUUGUGCCAUGUGUACCAAGUCCUGCGGCACCCUCAGUUAAAGCCCCUUCAGAUAAAGAGAGUUCAGGAAAUUUCAAUAUAGGUAGCAGUGCACUGAAAAGAAAACUAAGGGGUGAUUUUGAUAGUGAUGAAGAAAGUUUAGGUUAUAACCUAGACAGUGAUGAGGAAGAAGAAACAUUAAAAUCACUGGAAGAAAUAAUGGCUUUGAACUUCAACCACACUCCUGCAACUACAGGAAAGCCUCCUGCUCUCUCUAAAGGGCUUAGAUCUCAGUCAUCAGACUACACAGAAAGUUUUCAUACUGGAACUUAUUCAAAUACUUUAGAGCGUCUAGUGAAGGAGAUGGAAGACACACAAAGACUAGAUGAAUUACAGAAGCAACUACAGGAAGAUAUACAGCAGGGCCGAGGCAUUAAAUCCCCGAUUAGAAUUGGAGAUCAAGACAGUACAGAUGAUGAAGAUGGACUCUUAGAAGAACACAGGGAAUUCCUAAAGAGAUUUUCAGUUACAGUUGAUGCAAUUCCUGAUCAUCAUCCAGGUGAAGAAAUAUUUAAUUUUCUCAAUUCUGGAAAAAUUUUCAGUCAGUAUACCUUGGAUUUAAGAGACUCUGGUUUUAUUGGACAAAGUGCUGUAGAAAAGCUUAUUCUUAAAUCUGGAAAAACGGAUCAGAUUUUUUUGACAACCCAAGGUUUUCUUACUUCUGCUUAUCACUAUGUUCAAUGCCCUGUACCUGUAUUAAAGUGGCUUUUUCGGAUGAUGUCAGUUCAUACAGACUGUAUUGUGUCUGUGCAGAUUUUAAGUACAUUGAUGGAAAUAACAAUUAGAAAUGAUACCUUCAGUGAUUCACCAGUUUGGCCUUGGAUUCCCUCGUUGUCUGAUAUUGCAGCUGUGUUUUUCAAUAUGGGAAUUGAUUUUAAAUCUUUGUUUCCUCUGGAGAAUCUUCAACCAGACUUUAAUGAAGACAGUCUAGUUUCUGAAACACAGAUGACACUGGGUAAAAGAAGUGAAGAUUCAUCUUACAAGCCCAUUUUUUCAACUCUUCCUGAAACCAACAUUUUAAAUGUGGUUAAGUUUCUAGGCUUGUGUACAUCAAUAAAUCCAGAAGGUUACCAGGAUCGUGAAAUAAUGUUGCUGAUUUUAAUGUUAUUUAAAAUGAGCUUGGAGAAACAGCUGAAACUGAUACCUCUAGUGGAUUUUCAGAGCCUUCUUAUAAACCUGAUGAAAAACAUCAGAGAAUGGAAUACAAAGAUACUUGAACUCUGUGUAGCUAUAAAUGAACUCUCCAGUCACCCCCACAAUCUCCUGUGGUUGGUACAGCUGGUCCCUAACUGGACAUCACGUGGAAGGCAAUUAAGACAGUGUCUCAGCCUGGUGAAUAUUUCAAAACUUCUGGAUGAGAAACGUGAAGAUAUUCCCAAUGCCAACAAUCUGCAGAUAUCAGUCUUACACCGCUAUCUUGUACAAAUGAAGCCUUCUGAUUUGUUAAAGAAAAUGGUCUUGAAAAAAAGAGCUGAACAGCCAGAUGGCACUAUUGAUGAUAGUCUUCAUUUGGAACUUGAAAAGCAGGCAUAUUACCUGACCUAUAUUCUUCUUCACUUAGUUGGCGAAGUUAGUUGUUCUCAUUCUUUCUCUUCUGGACACAGAAAGCACUUUGUACUACUCUGUGGGGCUUUGGAAAAGCAUGUUAAGUGUGAUAUUAGAGAAGAUGCAAGACUUUUUUACAGAACUAAGGUAAAAGACUUGGUUGCCAGGAUUCAUGGAAAAUGGCAGGAAAUAAUCCAGAACUGUCGGCCUACUCAGGGGCAACUUCAUGACUUUUGGGUACCAGAUUCUUAACAGAAGUUAUAAUAAAGCAGAAUUAUGGACCAAGAGAAAUCAAGUAAGAGCCUUCCCGGGAGCAGCAGAAAGAAAGAAUCCAAUGGAAUGCUAAGAAAAUGUCUCAUUUGAAUAUCUAGUAUGAAGCUGGUAAUGAAGAAAUUACCACUUCUGAAGCUGAUAUGAAAUACAAUCUAUUGAACCAGGACAACUGGCCUUUUAAAAGAGCAUAUUUCUAAAACAAAUGGGGAAGGGUAGAAGCAGCUAAUAGUAGCAUGUCGAACUUACCCCUGUUAGUUUUUCUUGUUAAAUUUUAAGCUGAUUAUCUUUGCAUUUUUGGAUAGUAUUUGUGGCACUCGGGUAAUCACAGGAACUAUGUAAGAAAGAUUUGAACCAGCUCAGACUUGGAUGUGCAGACUAAGUUCCAGUUGGAUUUAAUUUUUCCUCUUGGCUAUUUUAGGAUACAAAGGGAAAGCUUAGUGCUAUGAUUAGUAACAAAGGGAAGAAUCUCUAACUACUAUAAAUGACAGGCAAGUUUCACUCCAUGCUUUUUCCUUCACUACUCAAGAUUAUAAAUGCUAGGUUUUUAAAAUACAUUUAAGCAAAUAGAUGAGAAAAAAAAAAAAAAAGUUAAGUCUUUUGUCAGAUCUCCUUAAGUGAGAUGGGCUUAAACUAUAAAAUAGUGACAUGCUAAUAGAGUUUGUUUUGGAUUUAAAGUGCAUAUUCUUUUAAAUACUAACGAAAUCAUAGAGUUCUGGGUAUAUCUAAGAAUUUUGGCCCUUGUUAACCAUACUACAAAAGUCUACAUUGUAAAAGCAAAAGAUCUGGACAAGUUUCUAAAAACCUACUUGUAACUGCUAUAUAACUUUGCCUGAGACCUAGAUGGUCUAGAUGGUGUUUAUUCUUGUAGAGGUGUAAGGUAAGGGGAGAGAGAGAGAGACCGACAGAGGGAGAGAGAGAGUGAGGGGUGUGUGUGUGUGUGUGUGUGUGUGUGUGUGUGUGUGUGUGUGUGUGUGUGUGCGCGCGCGCACGCGCGCGCGCGCGCACUUGUGUUUUAAAGUUGUUGCACUUGAAAACCAUAGCUGCUCUAAAUUUUUAAACACUGGAAAGCCAUCCUUUGGUUUAAAUGGUGGAGGGUUAGUAGAAGUGUACAUGCUGGUCUUAGCCCAAGGGACCUUUCAUAGAAGCCUUUGGUACUAAAAGACUCUUACUAACCAUUGACAUUUUCUUUUGUUGACUAUCCCUUUUAGGAGGAUUGGUUUCUUGAACAAAGAAGUAAAGUUUUUUUUCUUUCAGUAUUGACUUGGAUGACAUUGCUCUUCUGAGCACCCUACUGUCUCAAGUUAUGGGGGAAAGUUGGUGGAGAGAAAGAAAAUUGGACUUCUUCAUGGUUUAAAAGCAAAGAAAAUAAAUUUUUAAAAAUACUUUCUACCUCUAAAUUGAGACUUAGGAGUAAAAAGUAUUCUAUCUUAAACUUACCAAUUAAAAUAAUAUCAGUCACUUUUGAGCCCAUGUCAAGCAUUGAGCAGUUAGAGAAUUCAUUGGGAAGACUAAAAAAAAUGCAGCUUCCAGGAACCCAGUGGAAUAAGGCUCCCAGAGCCAGGCCAACAGAAGUUUUAAUCUGUGUUGAGUUUACUGGUGAGAAUAUUAUCUUGAUACUACCUCUCAAGGGUAUUGUUAGAAAAUGCCACUUACGGUUAAUGAGAUAGAUACAAAGAGUUAUAUUUGACAGAAGCUUGAAACUCUGACAUCUAUCUGCCCAACAAUGGGGGCUUUCACUCUGUAAUUUAAUACUUUGUAGAUACAUUAUUUGUGUGUAAUUUUAUAAGUGUUCAUAUUUUUCUCAUUUUGCAUUGUGUAAAGUGUACAAAAUCUCAAAAGUAUAAAAUACUGCUUAUAUUGCUUGUAAUUAGAGUGUGUAAAUAUUUUCUAAUUGUGUACAUUGACAGGGGACAAGUGGGUUAUUCAGGUUUUUUUUUUUUAAGUGACCCUUUUGUAUUGCAGUUUAAACAGAUAAUUGACCAUCAAAUUUAAAACCACUUUGAUACAUUUUUAUUUAGCAAUUUCAGUAAGAAAAAUCUCUUUCUUCAUUACAGAAAAAUACUUCAUCUGUCCCUUUAAAAUGAGUGGCCCAGUAUCAUUUUGGGCUCUUGUUUUUAUGACUCUGGUGGAUGGAUGUCUUCUGUCUCCAGGUCAUAUUCCAGUCAGUAUUUACAUUUGGGUUCUCAUAAAAAUGUUGUGAUUCUCUUUCAGCACAAGUAACCCAUGACUUUUCUCCCAAAUCAAGUAUUAGCCUUCUCCCUCUUGAAUCCCCAUGCUUUGUCUCCCUCCUGUUGUUGCUCAGUGAAUGGGAUGGUAGUGAGGGAGGAAAUGUUCAUUGCACAGAGAAUGUCAGGACACUUUUAUGGCUUGGCAAACAAAGCUUGCACUGAGUGGUGGUGUGUUUGGCAAUAUUACUGUGCCAAAAAUCACCUUGUCUAAUUUUCUAGAUGUGUAUGUCAAACUUAUUACCCCUUUUGCAAGCUGAAAUUUAAGGUACUUAUAAGUGUUUAUGCUUUUGUGUGUAACUGUUUGCCUUUUCAAAACUGCUUUUCUUGUUAUCCAAAAAUAUAAUUCUGUUCAUUAUAUCAUGUUAAGUGAAGAGGCUUUCCAUGCACAAAAUGCAUCUGUGUAGCAGUAAAGUAAUAGCAUUUGUACAUUUUCUGUCUAUCUCCUCAUGGCAGUGGUGCCUUUGUCACCUUUUGAAAGGUUGGCAUUUUGUUUUCAUUUAGAAGUGUAAGUAAUGGCUUGUUUUUGACUUCACAGAGAUCUCCCAGAUAUAAAAGAUAGACAAUAGUGUGAUGUCAUCCAGGCUCAGUUUGAGCAUUUGCCUUUUUAUUUCUGUCCAAACAAGUAUAGUUGGUGGGGGCUGGCCAGUAAUAAUGUGUGGAGUCUUUAAACCAAGAGUAAUUUUAAAAUUAAAAAAUAUAUAUUUAAAAAUUGAGAGGUGACCCAUUAACAAGUGACUGAGUUGGAGAGUUAGGAAAGGAUUGUCCUAGUUUGUCUCUGAGGAGGCAGGAUUGGGAACUAGGCAUGUAGAGCAGUUGGUGUGAUCUGUGCUUGUUGUUUCUUACUCAUUAACAGUUGGCGCACCUCAUUAUCUGUGCAUUUGCUAUCCCUGGGCAGUCAUGUCAGCCAGUUAAUCCACCAGCUCUUAGGUGGUUUACAAGUAAAUGCAGAUCUUUUUUCUCUUUUUUUUUUUUCUGUUUAAGAUUUUAUACAUCAUCUUGUUUAAAGUCUUAUGAAUGUAUUGUGUGAUUAAAAUGCUUUUUUCUCAGUUUGAA